AUGGUAACUUCAAAAAAAGAUAAAAAAUUAGCAUCAGUCACAAUGAAACUUUCUGAAAAUAAUGAAAUUAUUGAUGGUACUCCCGUAGAUGCAAGAGAAAUUUCAAAUCCUGCGAUAAUUAUAUUAGGAAAUACGGUUGCAUUUACCAAUCUCACUAAAAAACAAACAGAAUAUCCGCAAUUCCAAGAAGCUCUCGACCAAGAAAUGCGGGAUCUUUUGACUUCUGUUGAUAAUCGAUGUUUUAUUUCACCGAAUCCGGAAAUGUACAAAAAAGAUAGUCCACCAGUAUUAUGUAAUAUGAAAAAAGCCAAGGCACUGAUAAGCGAGUUUAGAAGUGCAUACACUACAGCUACAUUUAACGAAAUUAGAGACGCGGAGAAUAGAGAAGCAGAAGCUCUUAAAGCAGCAAGUGGAGGCUGUUUCAAACUUGAUACCCAAGUCAUACUUAUAAAUAGAAAAGUUGUUCCAAUGUCUUCGGUUCGCGUUGGAGAUCAA